AUGACAAUGUCUAACAGCUUUUAUGGUUACUCUUUGAUUGUGACUUUCUUUAUGCAGUUACUUCAUGCGUGGUCUCAACUGACCCCAAAUUUUUAUGAUAAAACAUGUCCUAAUCUUCAAAAUAUUGUGAGAAAUGAGGUGCAAAAAGCUUUCAACGAGGAAAAUCGUAUGGCUGCCUCUUUGCUUCGGCUUCACUUUCAUGACUGCUUUGUAAAUGGCUGUGAUGGAUCAGUAUUGUUAGAUGUAAGUGGUGGGGAGAAAUUUGCCCUUUCCAACUUAAACUCAGUUAGAGGAUUUGAAGUUGUAGAUCGUAUCAAAAGUACUGUGGAGAGUGCAUGUCCUGGUGUUGUAUCUUGUGCUGAUAUACUAGCUCUAGUUGCUCGAGAUUCCGUGGUCAUUAGUAGAGGGAAAUCAUGGACUGUUUUGUUGGGCAGAAGAGAUGGAAAUGUGUCAAUAAGCAUAAAUGGAACAGAUGCCGCACUUCCUUCUGCAUUUGACACAUUGGAUGCAAUCAUUUCCAAGUUCAAAAGAGUAGGCCUCGAUGAAAAAGAUGUGGUAUCCUUAUCAGGUUCUCAUACAAUUGGACUAGCUAGGUGUGCUGCCUUCAGCAAUAGGUUGUUCAACUACUCAGGAACUGGCCUUCCAGACAGAUCCAUGGAUAGAAAUCUGUUGUCUCAGUUGCAAAAAUUGUGCAAGGAUGGUGACCAAAACCAGACAACACUCCUGGAUCAAUACCCCGGAGGGGGUUACGUUAAUAUUUUUGGCAACAAUUACUUUCAGAACUUGCUCAACGGAAAGAGCGUUCUUAGUUCCGACCAAGCUUUAUUAUCUAGUUCUAAAACUAGUUAUUGGGUCAAAAUUUAUAACGAUGAUAAUGAUCGUUUCCUAAACGACUUUGCUGAUGCCAUGAUCAGGAUGGGGAACAUAAGUCCGUCAAGUGGUUCCUAUGGACAGAUUCGGAAGAACUGCAGCAGAGUGAAUCGAUAAAUUGUGCUCAACUCAGUAAAAUUUGAUGACAAUAUAUACAAUAUAAUCUGUUUCUCUAUGUAUGGUCAGCGUUCUCAUGAAUCAUUAUGGCUUAUUUUAAGUUUCUAUAUAGUGCUAUUAGUGUGGCUUUGCUUCUGUUAGCAUUAGUAGAAAUAAGUUUGCGACUUGUAAUGUAAAGUAUAAUAUAUGGAGACAAGGAAUUCUCCAUUGGUUUUAUGGGAACAAAUGUCAGAUCUGUUGAGUAACCAUGCUUUAAUUUUGUUAAAACUUAGUUAUCAUUGUGAUUCAAAGUCAGUCCUUGUAAUUAUCAGUUCAAAUAUCUACUUUUGCAAACCACCAAAGCAUUUCAUAUAUUUUGAUUAUUGGUUAGAUAUUCUAAAAUUUGAAUCCAUGGA